GCUAAGAGGGACUUGAAAGCCAGCAACAUAUUUUAUGACGAACUAGCAUUUUUGUAUAAAAGCGUCUCUUUUCACAGCUUCAUCAGUAUGUAACCCCAGGGUAUUUAUUCGCGGAUAGUUUUCUGUUUCACGCUCUACCGUGUUGAAAGCCAGGCCAGAGACCAACAUGGAUGUGUGAGCAGCUCAAACAGAGAGAGGAGAAAGCAAGAAAGAGGCUUCCUAUCACUUGUUGCAGCCCAGCAACUGGAGCUUAGGGAAGGAAAGCUAACAAGCAAACCAGUUGUGUGGCGAUGUCGGAUCCACAGGGGAAAGGAGCUCCAAGUGAAGAGGGAAACAUGCCAGACCCCACAGCAGGACACAUGUCCAGCAGUACUCAACAGGUACCAGUUGGGGCAUCUGUGUCUUCCCCUGUGGCCUCCAUACAGCCUCCUGCUACCACACCAACUGAGGAUGAGGAUGAGAGUGAAGAUGAGUCAGAAAUCCUGGAGGAGAGUCCCUGUGGCCGCUGGCAGAAGCGCAGAGAGGAGGUGAAUCAGCGUAAUGUCCCAGGGAUAGAUGUUGCAUACCUGGCCAUGGACACAGAGGAAGGAGUAGAGGUAGUGUGGAAUGAAGUCAUGAUCUCAGAGAGGAAGAACUUCAAGCAGCUGGAGGAGAAAGUGAAGGGAGUAUUUGAUAACCUGAUCCAUUUGGAACAUGCAAAUAUUGUCAAGUUUCACAAAUACUGGGCCGACACAAAGGACAACCGGGCUAGGGUGAUUUUCAUAACUGAAUAUAUGUCAUCAGGAAGCUUGAAGCAGUUUCUAAAGAAGACAAAGAAGAAUCACAAAACCAUGAAUGAAAAGGCUUGGAAGAGAUGGUGCACACAGAUCCUGUCUGCUCUCAGUUAUCUCCAUUCAUGUGACCCUCCCAUCCUCCAUGGCAACCUGACCUGUGACACCAUCUUCAUCCAACACAACGGGCUCAUCAAGAUCGGAUCAGUUGCCCCAGACACCAUCAACAACCACGUGAAGACGUGUCAUGAGGAACAGAAGAACAUGCACUUCUUUGCCCCUGAAUAUGGAGCUGUUGAUGAUGUCACCACGGCUGUAGACAUCUACUCAUUUGGCAUGUGUGCCUUAGAGAUGGCGCUCUUGGAAAUCCAGGGGAAUGGAGAGUCCUCUUAUGUUUCUCAGGAGGCCAUCAACAAUGCCAUACAGUUACUGGAGGACCCACUGCAGAGGGAGUUAAUCCAGAAGUGCCUCGAAUGUGAUCCCAGUACAAGACCUACAGCCCGAGAGCUGCUGUUUAACCAGGCCCUGUUUGAAGUACCGCUGCUAAAACUGCUGGCUGCACAUUGUAUUGUCAGCCACCAACACAUGAUUCCCGAGAAUGCCCUGGAGGAGAUGACCAAGAACAUGGACCCCAACCUGGUCAUCGCUGAGAUGACAGAGGACGUUCAGCUCAGGCUUUCACAGUUUCCUGCCUUGGAGCUUGAUAAAUUCUUGGAGGAUGUGAGGAAUGGUAUUUACCCCAUGACGGCGUUCGGGCUGCCCUGUCCUCUGCAGCCUCAACAGGAGACUGUUAAAUCUCCCAUUGUCGUCCCCUUGGUCAAAUCCCCCACCCCUGAACCUGCAGAACUCGAGACACGGCGGGUCAUUCAUAUGCAGUGUAACUUUGAACCUGUGGAGGAGGGAGCAAAGUACCAUCUAACAUUACUGCUGAAACUGGAGGAUAAACUGAAUAGACAUCUAAGCUGUGACAUGUUACCUCAUGAGAAUUUUCAAGAGUUGGCUGAAGAGUUGGUGGAGCUGAACUUAAUCAGUGAGGUGGACCAAAACAAAAUAGCCUCUCUACUAGAAGAAGCAUUCAGCCAAGCUCUUCACUAGCGAGUUUACUCGACCAUGUUACUGUCUCCUCAUAAGUACACUCUCUUAACCCACUUGCAUGUCUUUUUUUUUGGUUACUCAACACAGUGAUUGUAUUCGGUGUUUUUUUUUUUUUUUUAUGUCUUUUCUAUUUAGCCUUAGGUGGUAAUGUGACCAAAAGAGUGGGUUUUUCUUUUGCAUUAGGGAUUAAAACUUCCUAAAAGCACACAAUCUUUACCAUAAAGCCAAUUUUAGAGUCCAGGUGACUCUAAAGAAGCCACCUGGAGUGAUUUCACAUUUUUAUUUAGUAAGUCAAAACAUACAUAUAUAAAUAUGUGUGUGUGUAAUUCUUUUGAAUGAGUUGGCUACUAAGUUGGCUGUUAAGUUUAAUUAAAAGGUAGACCUCAUUAAUGCUGCGACACUUGACACUUGAUCACAACAGUACUGACUAGAUUACUUGCAGCUUUAUGUUGAAACCCACUUUUUCAUAAACACAGUUUUAUUUAGUGUGAGGUGUUUACACUAUGAAUUGCCUGGCCUGUUUGUGUCAGGAUGAGUCUAAAACAUAAUCAAGACAGAUUCAGGCCCUCACACCACAUGCUAACUCAUCUCUUGCUACUGUUAUACUUUUAAAUUUUGAUGGUCGGAUCUACACCUCUUGACCACCAGCAAAACUUUAGCUACCCUAGAGAUGAAGGGAUACAUUUCUACCCAAAGACGAUUUUACUAAACAAGCCAAGCCAUUCUUUCUGGAUCCUCAUUUCACAUGGUUCUCCCUCUCAUUUGGCUCCCAUUUGUACAACACGAUCCCUGCUCUUUGACUUUUGUGAUAUGUUUGGACCAACCUGUCACUUAUCAGGUUAAAUAUAUGUAAUAGUUUGAAAACUGGACGGCAUAGAGGCAACUUUCUCAGUUGACUUUAUUAUACACAAAUACCCAUGAGUAAUAACUUUGUGCACCACUGCGCAUCACAUUUUGGCCGGGCAUCAUGCCAAUUCUCUCUGGAAAAAUGGAUACCUGGUUACUUGGAGGUACUGUGAACUCAGUGUUACUGAAUUUCCGUUAGCGUGUUUGUUUUAUUUUGCUCAACUCUUUGCCUUAGUCUGAGCCUACGCACAUGCCUUAAAGUCCUCUUUUCUCAGUUUGUUUUUAUUAUUUUUUUAUUUUACCAUUUGCUGCUUGUUGGGUUCACACAUGCUACUCUGCCUUUAAAAUCCAUUCAUGUGAGACUUGUGUACUGAACUCGGCUGCCAUAUGCUGUAGGAAGAGGACAUUUUCCUGAUACAUCCGUGUGAAAGCGUCAUAUGUGUUAUUUAUGUCACAUAUACUGUAUAUCGUGUUUGACUUUACCUUUUGUUUACUGUGAUUUCACACAGAGACCACAUUGUUGAGAGUCUGAGCCAAUACACAACUUUUCUUGUUUCUAUCGCUGUUGUUUUCAUUUGAUUACCAUUUAAUAAAACUGGGACCUAGUGGUUUGACAUUAUCCUUCACAGAGUGCAGAGGCACGAGACAAAAUUUGACAUCAUACAGGUCUUGUUUAGACAUGUAUUGAGAUCAGGGAGUUGCCUGUGGCCUUUUUGUGACAUUUUGGCUCAGAACUCUUUGUGGAUUUUUGGUACUACUGUGUCUGAAAUCUCAUACAGUAUCAAUACAAGGAAAUUCUCAGAUAACAAAAAACAGUUAAGAUCAUAACUAUACAAAACAAUACCUUACCUUUUUCUGGCAUUUUAUUAAGAAUAUAAUUGAUGUGUCUUAUAUUCACCGUGCCAGUUAAAUUGAGCUACUACUGUAUGAGCUUCAGACAGAGCUUUCCUCUGAUGCUGGUUGUUGAGUUAUAUUAUUAAACUGCUCACCUCACUAGUGAGAUCAUAUUUAUUCCAAUGAUCUCCACUCGUAUAUCUCUGAAGUAUUUUUUGAAAAAGGUAUUCAGGCUACUUUUGUGCUCCAGUCUGCAUUUUGCUAUACAUCACGUGUGUAGUCCUUCUUAAUGCAUUGUUUACUUUAUUUUCCUCUUUUUGUAUGUCUAUUUGUGACCUGCUAAGAUUGUAUAUUCCAAAGAUGUGUUUAAAGUCAGCCAGGAGAAUGUAAGUGCACCACUUGUUAUAUAGAAAAGUGGUAGAAACCAACCAAUGUGAUCACCAGAGCAGCUUUAUUCUCUUUAUUUCUCUCUCUCUCUGUAUUCUCUUUUACACCCAAAUUAUUGGUGGUGUUGAAACUGGUUAUUAAAUAAUCAUACAGGGUGGGCAGCUUUAGCCUGUCACUCAAGGAUGUGAGCUCUUGGUUACAUUUGGAUAUCCUUAUAUUUUGUAUAUGACAGUCAGUAAAUGUGUGUGUGUGUGUGUGUCUUUUCUGAGAUGUGUAUCCUGACAAAAGGUAUGACUGUUCUUUCAAAUAAAUGUGUAAAA